AAAAAUACCUAAUAUUUAUAUUUUUUUUUGAAAAAGUAUUUGUAUAUAUUCUAUUUAAACGGGUACCGAAAAAUAUAUAAUAAAUAUUAUGUACUAACAUGUAUUUAUUUUAAAAUAACAUGUAAAUAAUAAUUGUUAAAAUCUCAAAUCUAAACACAAUCUUUGGACACGCUAUGGAUAAUAUACAAAAUGUUUUCGUAAUCAAAACUGAUAUACAAGAAAAAGAAUUCUAUUUAAAAACUAGCUGGUAUAAAUCUGAGAACGAGUUUUUUCAGAUACAAAUUUUUGGUGAUGGUUGUUGCUGGUCUGGCAGAUUCACUACAGCUUUUGCUGAUAAAUAUAGAGAAUUGGUUGACGAAAAUAUUACUAACUACCGGAACAAUGUAUUUACCGCCCUGACGAAAGAUAAUAACGAUUAUGUCUAUAAUUUUUCUUCAGUUAACAAUGAGAACAACAGUAGAAAAUUCUGCUGGAAGAAGAGAUUCGAAGGUUCCACAGCAUUAAUAGUUCAUGGCAUAGUGGAGUUAGAUUUGGAUACUGAAGCAUCAUCAAAUGAUUUGAUAGACUUUUUGCUGCAUAAAAACGAUCAAUUAAUGAAUCAAAUAGAAGAGACAAAACACAAUAGUGAGAAAUUAGCUCAAUAUUUGGACAAAACUAAGAAAGACCUUGAGGAUUUCACAAGUAUGAAGGUGGAAUGGGAGGCUACAUUGUACAGCAAAUUUAGAGAUCUUUUGAAUACAAAGAAGAAACGAAUACAAUUAUUAGAAGAGUUACUGAAAAAUAAAACUGAAGGCUGUGAUACAGAUUAGUUCUUAUAGACUGUAUCAUCAAAUUCAAAUAUUUUUAUUCAAAAUGGGAUGUGAAAUCACUUAUUGAAAGUCAAAAAACUACCACCCAUUCCAAAAUGAGUGCCUCAGGCCUGAGAAGAAUGGGUGCAACAAAACUCAGCGGGCGUUUUUUUUCAACAAAAAUAUGUUUUACAAUUAUAGUAACAUUGUACAAUUAAACUUAUUAUUUAAUAGCC